GUAUGUUGAGCUGCAGUAAGGGAGGAGUACAGAAGGGAGGUAACGUUACUCGAGUUUUAUACACCGCUGCCUCGAUAGACCGCAUCCAGUUCUCGAAUCUACAGGUUUAAACUAGUACACUUCAGCUCGAGAAUCGAAUAAAAAGCACCAUGGCUGUAGAAGGGGGAGCAACGUGUGUCAAAUACCUGCUGUUUUUCUUUAAUUUCAUUUUCUGGAUAUGUGGGCUAGCCUUAAUAGUUCUGGGCGUAAUAGCCCAAGUCUCUCUCCACAACACAGCGGUCCUCAAAGGAGCUUCUGGUUCAGCCUUGGUGCUAAUUGUGGUGGGGGUCAUCAUCUUCUUCAUCGCCUUCUUUGGCUGCUGUGGGGCCCUGAAGGAGAAUCACUGCAUGGUCACAACGUUUGCUGUUUUUCUCUCUCUCAUAAUCAUCACUGAAAUUGGGGCCGCUAUUGCUGUAUAUGUCUAUCGUGGAAAAAUGAAUGAUCUGGUGAACGAGGGAUUUAAAACACUGAUCAAGGACUAUAAUACCACAGAGAGUGCCAGGAAAACCCUUGAUGGAAUACAGAAUGAGCUUAAGUGCUGUGGAGCAAACUCCUCUGACGACUGGGUGAACUUCAUGCCAACCCACAGUUCGGUCCCAGACUCCUGCUGUAAAAACGUGACUCAAAACUGUGGUAUUGGAGCAAUUCACAAUGACAACAAAAUCUACACGCAUGGAUGUCAGCCUGCUAUAGUGAACAUUCUCAAACAAAAUAUUCUGUGGGUUGCUGUGGCUGCUCUGGUUAUUGCAUUUGUGCAGAUUAUUGGCAUCGUGUUGGCAUGCGUUCUGAUGAGAGCCAUUCGCAGUGGUUAUGAAGUGAUGUGAUUGCUUCAAGUCCUAACAUUUCAACCCAAAUCUGGGAAGAGGGACAAACUUCAUCACUUAAAGCUGUUAGAGACCAUACAGGUGUUUUAUUCUUCUUUUUUAAGAGGCAGAUAUUUCCCCCUCUUGCUGUUUAAUUUGACAAUGCACAUUUUCACAGUACAGCGUAAAUAUUUAUCCAUGUUUCUGAGUCUGAUCUAAUAGAUUAGUCCGCUUUUGACUCUCCACUCAGUUAGUGUUUCUUUAGUUAUUGUUUUUGACGUGAUCUUUACCUUUUUAUCAGCAUGCUUACCACACUUUCCUUUUGGGUUAAAGGAAAAUUAUUGUACUUCUUCAAAACAAAAUCUACUGAUAUUACCAAUUUUAUAUAUUUUUAGAUUAACACAUCUAAUGUCAAACAAACAAUAAAAUGUUUGAAACAUG